GAAUGACGAUGGCCUUUCUUGAAUGUUGCAUGUAGUUGGUGGUCAUAAGAUUAUGCACUGGUCGUCACCAUGAUUUCGGCAUUGUUCUUUGUUUUUAUGAUAUGCGGAACCCACCAUGCUCAUACUCUUCCAGAAAUGCGAAAAUCUGGAACGUACUUGACUGUGUCAUCGUUCAGCCGGCUUGAGAAGCACGGCUACUUCGAGCUGAACUGGUUUGGCAUACAAGAGGAUUACAUAGGCGAAACAUUUGCCGUUCUCUCAAGAUAUAAUCUGCCAAGAGCCCUGUCUGACAUUCUCAGCUUGUGGACUAUCAAAACGUCUUCCGGUAGAUACGAAACUAGUGCCUUAGCACCAAACUUCGAAGUCAGCACACUGAUGAGAGGACAGUGCCUCGGGUACUGGGCACUCAUAGUGCAAAACGACAAUGCCAACAAAAAUGGGAAAGCGUUGGAAUUUAUAAAGCAGAAAGCAAAGUGGAACCUGGAAAAAGGAGCAUUCAACACGACCAUUCUCCACCUUGCUCAGCUUAUGAGCUGUUUUCCGAAGCGCCUCUCGUCGUCAAAGGGACCAGCUCCCAAAUGCGUCGAAGUACUGCAUUCGUCGUGCUUCACACCGAAGCCCCGCUGGAUGCGUGAAAACUACUCCGUACUCUCGUCGCUUAGUUUAAUGGACAUGCUCGUUCCCGGAACGCACGAUGCCGGGAUGUACAACCAAGGCGUCACGCUUCCACACGAAAAGCACGUGUACACUCAGGACCAGACGAUAAAGCAGCAGCUGGCCUAUGGAAUUCGUUCCCUGGAUCUGAGGGUGCAGUACUCCAGUGGUCAGUUUUAUAUUACCCAUGAUAGGGUGCGAGGAUGGCCGACCGUAAGGGAGGUACUCAGGGAGGUCCGCGAGUUUGUGGAAGAGACCGGCGAGCUGGUGAUUCUCGACUUUCACAGAUUCACGACGGGUUUUGACGAAGGAUACGACGACGUGCCGGGACGACAUGCGGAACUUCAGAAACUAAUCGUGACAGAACUGAGUGGCGUGAUUAGAAAGCGGUUCGAUUAUUUGAAAAAAUUGAACGAGAUCUUUGGUGAUUCCCAAAAUGGAACCAUGGUGCAGGGCCACGUCAUAGUAUUUUACCGUUCGAAAUACUUUAGAGGGCGUUAUGAGAAUUACUUGGCACCAGCCAUACUGCACCGGUGGGCCAAUGCGCAAUGCCCCAAAAAACUUAUGAAAUACUUGGACGCAAAAGCUUGCGUAGACGGAAGUUGUAACCCUAUUGCUAUAAUGGCUGAGCUCACGCCGUCAUUCCCGGACCUUAUCGUCGGUACUCGCCGAGCAGCGGAGUGGAUAAACCAUGACGUGACGGAAUUUUUCAGACACAAGCAACAGACGUGCUCCGGCAUUGUUGCCACAGAUUAUUUUCUCGGAAACGGAAUGAUUGACGUAACAAUCGAAGCCAACCUACUUAGAGGACGCGACGGACAGUUCGUACAACAAUACAAACCAUACACUCAAUGCGACACGGCAGAUGUACAUUUGAAGAAGUCUUCGAAACAAUAA